AUGACCACUAAAAUCUUCUCUCCAACUCCUCCCGUCAUCUCCGCCACCUCAGCCACCACCAAAACGCCGGUCCUCCCCAAGGCGAUAGUAUCUCGAUGUAUAGGCACCUCUCUUUCUGCCGUUGUCGCCGCGACUGCUGUCCUUACGAUGGUUCCGGCGUUGCCUGCUGCUGGUGAGGGAAACCAAGCUUACAAAUUGUACUACGGUACAGCAGCGAGCGCGGCGAACUACGGCGGCUACGGAGGGAACUCGGACAGGAAGACAUCAGCGGAGUAUGUAUACGACGUGCCGGAAGGGUGGAAGGAGAGGCUGGUUUCGAAGGUGGAGAAGGGCACAAACGGAACAGACAGCGAAUUCUACAACCCGAAGAAGAGGACAGAGAAGGAGUACCUGACGUUCUUGUCGGGAUUUAGACAGCUGGCGCCGAGGGAUGUGAUCCUCAACAACUUGGCCUUGUCGGACGUGGAGCUCCAGGAUCUGAUAGCAAGCGCUGAUAAAGUGGUGUCUGAGGAGAAGAAAGAUGAAGAGACAGGACAGGUGUACUAUCUGUACGAGAUCGAUGGAGUAGGGAAGCACAGUCUGAUAACCGUCACUUGCGCUAAGAACAAGCUCUAUGCUCAUUUCGUCAACGCCCCUGCGCCCGAGUGGAACCGUGACCAAGACACAUUAACCCACCUUCGGGACUCCUUCAGGACCGUAUCUUCUUCUUCUUGACUUUACUCCUCCUUUCUUGUUGGCACUGUAUUUAAUUUGUAUGUAUCAAUAUCAUCAAUCAUCCUUGAUCCAUUGUAUUCUUGGUGAAUAUUGUAUAUGGAAGAGUUGAAGUUUGCAAUCCUUAUCUCAUCAAAAUUAACUGUAUGUUAUUCAUAGUACCUUGGACUGAGCCAGAAGAAAGCCAAACAUUUCUGGAUGUUUAGCUCUAGAGUUGUUAGGCUCUGACUGAAAUGUAAGAGAUAUAGAUUGCAGAUAGUUCCAUAUGGUAAAGAUUCAGG